UCGCGGCGAAGGUGGCUGCCGGGGUGGGCGGGGAGGUCAGGUGACCCGGCCGGCGUCCCAAGAUGGCGGCCACGGCGGCGCCCGGGAGGCCCUGGUGGCGUCCCGGCCACUGAGGAGGGCUCCGCGCGGCUGGCGGCGGACGGGCCGGGCCGAGGGCCGGCGGGUAGGCGGCCGUCGUCUCUCCGCGCCCCGAGGCCGGGGCUGGGCCGUCCGGCGGCGUCGCCGGGGGAUGCUCCUGCUGGGCCCGGCCUCUCUUUCCUCAACUUAGGGCGGCGGCGGGCCCGCGCCCCUGGGUCCCGGGCCAUGGCGCUGCGGGAGCUCAAAGUGUGUCUACUGGGGGACACGGGCGUAGGUAAAUCAAGUAUUGUAUGGCGGUUUGUGGAAGACAGUUUCGAUCCAAACAUCAACCCCACAAUAGGGGCAUCUUUCAUGACCAAGACUGUCCAGUACCAAAGUGAGCUGCACAAAUUCCUAAUCUGGGACACAGCAGGACAAGAACGAUUCCGUGCCUUAGCGCCAAUGUACUAUCGAGGGUCGGCCGCAGCCAUAAUCGUGUACGAUAUCACGAAGGAAGAGACAUUUUCUACAUUAAAGAAUUGGGUGAAAGAGCUCCGGCAGCAUGGGCCGCCUAAUAUUGUAGUUGCCAUUGCAGGAAAUAAGUGUGAUCUUAUCGAUGUGAGAGAAGUCCUGGAGAGAGACGCUAAGGACUACGCUGACUCCAUUCAUGCAAUUUUUGUAGAGACCAGCGCGAAAGAUGCAAUAAACAUCAAUGAGCUCUUCAUAGAGAUAAGUCGAAGAAUUCCCUCCAGUGACACGAACCCGACACCCGGCAGCAAGGGCUUCAAAUUGCGCAGGCAGCCCUCGGAGCCCAGGCGCAGCUGCUGUUGACUGCAGGGGCCGCUCCGACUUGAGGAUGAAGUGCGUGGUCCUGCAAGUUCACAGGCUUGGGGGACCCCUGCCCCAGUUUUCAUCUGGUCGGAUGCACAGACGUGGAGCAGCUGUGUUAUGUGAGAAGACCUCAACAGCAGCGUGCAGGCUGUGGACCUGGGGGCCACGAAGGCCUGCUGUGUACAGAGAGAACGCACCGUUGGCUUUUGACCUCGCUGACAAGGAGCAUAUAAUUAUAUGGAUGUAGGAUUAAAUUGUUGAGUAGUUUUGUAAUCAAGAUUUUUAUGUAACAUUUGUAAAGGGAAAAUUAGCACUUUUCAAGGUUCUUGAGGGAAAAAGAGACCUGGUGGAGAUUGUAAUCCCCUUAUGUUUCCCAUUACCACUGCUAGAAGGAGUUGUGCCAUUCAAAAUGUGGGUAGGAUAUGGUAAGUGGAGGGAUGGCAGUUAUUAUUUGAAGCUAAAAUGGGUUAUUUAUAAAAUGG